AGAUAACAGAAUAUUCCGCUACCAAUUUUGAUCCAAUUCAAUGACGUACCCCCUUAAGUUCGACAACAUUGCAAUAAGCGCCCCGACGUCGUCAGCUGAGCGCGUCGAGAGAGACGGACUGUUGAAGGGGAAGGUGGGGGGUCGCACCGCCCCAGCUACUGCAUAGCGCAGCGUACAGGCCGUCAUUCGCGAGUUACAGGGGCUCUGGGGCACAUCGUGGCCCUAUACAGGGUCGGCGCUAACUGAUAUUCAAUCUAUACCAAAUAAUUUUUGCUACUUUGUAUUUGGGGCUGUGAACUACAGGGUAUGGAGAGUGCUAACGGGGUGUCGGGUGAUGGAGGAGAUAAAGGUGGGCCUCCACCGCCUCCUAGUCCGCUCACAGGGUGUUACCUGCUAAUUGUCAUCGGGGAACCCUAUAAUGAACAGCACAAGGACAUCAUAUUGCAAAAAAUCGCCAAAGGACUGCUCUCAUGGGACCUUAACGAAUGCUUGGUAGAUCUAGAAAAAGAACUGGCAGUUAUCACAGAACAAUCGUUGGAAGGAGAAGAAGCUAGAUAUGGAGAGCGCCUAAUACAGUUUGCUUCUGAAAAUCUCGUCACCGAGAUCCUAAUCCAUCCUGCUGUUAGCACACUUGCGCAAUGUAUGCGUAAUUUACUCAGUAGCUUCACUAGACAUCGUCAUAUUAUCCAUGCUGGGUAUACUUUUGCCGCUAAUGGCUCCUGGGCUUUACAGGAUGGUACAUUCUCAUACGUUGACUUUUGUGAAGCCUUCCAAGAAUUGGAAGUACAACGUGUGGUUCGUGCUUAUGAAAAUGGAAUCAGCAUGGAUAUCCAUUGUGCUCCUGAAGGAGAUUGGCCUCGUUUACCCAAAGAACCCUUUUCUAAAGCGUGCAAAGUACGGAUUAACCCUACAGAUGUUCUUACAUCUGGUUCUCCAGCAUUAUCAGGAUUCAUAAAAUACCUUUCGCCGUUCUUGAUUCCUAUUGCGUUAGAAAAUCUAUUGGAAAGUUCGGAUGUAGUAGGUAAUAUUCGGUUCUCCAGACCUACGUUGUAUGUUUUUCCUGGAGGGCAAGGUGAUGCUGCUCUUUUUGGAAUCAAUGGUUUUAAUAUGCUCCUCGAUGGAGGCUACUCAAGAAAAGCGUGUUUUUGGGAUUUUGUGAGACAUUUAGAUAGGUUAGAUGCUGUGCUAAUGACAAGACUGAAUAAUAGUAAUGUAGGAGGAAUUAGUUCAGUACUAAGAAGAAAGAAACAAGAUGCUCUUUAUCCACAGAUAGGUCACUUUUUUUGUAAUAUUCAGGAGAGAAAAUCAAUUCUGAGUCCAGACGGUGAUAAAGACAAAGAUCCUCUUUUAAUAAAUUUGCUUGAUGAAGGACAAGAAAUCAUAUCCAAUUUACGCCAUUUACAUCUGAAUCCUCAGGUCUGUUAUAGAGAUUCCGAGCCUAUUAAUUUGUACCAUAAAGUAGGACAUGGUACAUUAGAUAUGUACGUACUUAGUCCGGCCAAAGACUCUAAAGAAGUCAGGGAGUUCCUAUUAAAAUGGAACCAUAGUGAUCAAAAACUAUUUGCCAAUGCAAAAUCUAGCCGAGAUUUUAGUUUUCCAGUUCAAAAUCUAAUUUCUAUAUCUGCGUUGCUGGUCUGGCGUCCUGCUAAUCCAAACGAUACCAUAACUAGAAUUCUCUAUCCAGGAAGCUGCCCACAGAAUAGAAUAUUAGAAGGUUUAGAUAGGCUAAAAAAUUUAGAAUUCAUCAAAUAUCCAACAUGUUCGGAGAAAUCACUUGCACCCAUCUCAACUUCUAAAAAGACUGCCAAAGAAGCUAUGUUCGAUAAAAUCAUUCCCAAAGAAAAGACUGCGAUUGAAAAGAAAGAGAAUAAAUUCAUAGAGAACGAUGCUCCAGCUGUAAAUGGUGAUACAAAAGAUAAAACUGUGAAAAAAUCUGAUUCAACUGAAAGUGAUAAAAGUAUAAGAGCUAAGAAACUUGAGGAACAAAAAAUUAUAGAAAAUGGAGAAAAACCUAAACCAAAACCGAAAACUCAAAAAUCGAGAAGUGACUCUCAACAAAGAAAAAAACCAUCUGACAAAAAAUCCCCUACGCUACCGAAAAAACCAAUCGAAAAUGGCGAAGCUAAGAAAUCUAUGAAACAAUCCCCCAUCACCACACCAGCUAAGAGUGCCAAAGAUGCAAAUAAUAGAAAAGUCGUAGAAAGUAAGGUUAAAAAAGAAGUUGCUAAAGUACCUCCUACUUCUGAACCCAAACCAAAAGUAGAAAAAGUAGAAAGGAAACCUAUUUCUAGACGGCCUCCAGCUAAAAAAGCACCUAUUAGUCCUGUCAAGAAAAUUGUAAAUGGAGUGCAAAAACCUGAUAGUAUUUCAAGAAAAGGAAAAUUGGACAAAGAAGCUACAACUGAUUCCAGCACAGUUAGUACUCCAUCUGCAGAUCAAGAAAGUGUACUUAAAAAAGACAUAUCAAAACUAACACCCGAAGAACUACAGCAAAUCAAAGCACAGGAAUUAGCUGAGUUGAAAGAAGAACAAGAAGCUGUAAAAGAAAUAGAAGCAGUCUUCAGAAAAGGGGAAGUUCGAAAAGAUGAAGAAGAGGCUUUGAGAAAAGUUAAAGAUAUUUCCAUUGAUGACAAACUAGACACUGAAGAAUACUUGAUAAUAGAAAAAGAAGAAAUUGAGCAGCUUUCUCUCGAAGAAAAAGAUGCCAAAGAAGAAAAUCAAAAACUUGCCAGAGACAGCGAAGAAUCUGAAAAACUAAGAAAAUCUAGUAAAGAAGAACAGGAGCUCGAGAAACAAGAAAUCCAGAAACAAUUGAAAGGCACUGCAUCGGAACCAGAUGAAACUUCUAAAAUAAAAGAAGAAAUUCAAAGCAGUAAAGUAACUAGUCCAGAAGAAAAAGUAGAUAUAUCAACUGAUAGGAAAACUACCGACAAAGAAGAAGAAGAAAUUAAAGAUGUUGUAGAGUCUCAACCAGAUGAAAAAGUAUCUGCCAACAUUAAAUCUGGCGAUACCACUACUGCUCCAACUUUACCAGAAGACGAACGAAUUCCUCUCGAUGAAAUAAAAGAAGACAAUGGAGCCAUUGAAGAAAAAUAUAUUAAAGAGGAAACUAAAGAAAAAGAAAUUCCAACAAUACAGAUUGCUGCAAAACCGUUUGAAGGUGUUUCUAAGUUACCAAGUGUAGUUGGAAUAAGACUCGACAAACAACAACAUAUAAGAGAUAUAGUAAAAACUCCAGAUGAAGUUGCAGACUUACCUGUGCACGAAGAAGUUGACUAUGAAUUUACUCACGAAUUAAAAGUAGAAACUCCAAAGUCUAAUGAAAUUGUAGAAAAGAAAAUUGGGCAUGAACCAGAACCAGAAACCGGGCUCAGUAAAGAACAAGUCAAAGAAGAGGAGCCUGAAAAAGAUAAAGAUGAAGAUGAGGCAAAAAAGAUGAUGCAAGAAGAAUUGAAAACUUUAACAGAAACUGUUCUGAAAAGCGAAUCCGUUCUAGAAAAAGAUAUUUUGAAAGAUUCAGAAAAGAAAAUAAGCGGAAAAGUAGAUGCAUCCAGAGAAGAACAUGAAAUCGAGCUGGAAAAAGAUAAAGUAGAUGAAGGAAUAGAUGUUGAUGCAGAAAUUGAAGAAACUGUAGAAGCUAUUCAGGCAACACAAGAAAUAAGUGGCAGACAAAAGAGAUCUAUAGAUUAUGAAGAAGAAGCAGCACCUAAAGAUAAAGAUAUGAAAGUUAACGAUAUUAUCACAGAAAAAAUGGAUAUUGCACCUGCCAAAGAUUCCAAAGAGCUGACCAAAGAAGAAAUCGAAACUCAAGAAAUUGAAAAGGUAGACAAACCUGAAAUCGUCCCAACAACCGAACAAGAAUUUCUAAAAGAAGUUAGAGAGAAUACAGAUCAAAUGAAAAAAAUUGAUGAUAAAUUACAAAGCCUAAAAGAUGCUUUGGUCGAACCAAAAAGUACCACAGAAAAAAUAGAUGACGAAGAAAUAUCUCAAACAGAUAGAGAUAGAAUUGAAAUUUUAACAGGGACCACGAUUGACAAACUAGAGCUUGGGCGUAAAUCACCUAAAGAAAGAGAAGAGGACGUUAUGAAAAUAGUUGCUGGUGUAGCUGAAGUUCUAAAGUCAGAUGCACCAUUAGAAGAAUUCGAAGGCAAAAUACCAAUCACUACCUAUACUCCAUACACUCAAGAGCUUCGCGAAACGCAUAUUACAACCAUUGAUUCCCCAACUAUAGAAAUGAAAGUAAUCAAUACUGACAUUCCAACGAUUCCUGAAGAACCGCAUAUAGCAGUUUCUUCUUUCUUAGAAGAAGAAAGGAGGGCCACUUCAAUACACGAGUCUACGGUAGAAACGAAAUUAGCUAAUGAAGACAAAAGAAAUAGUUUAAUUAGAGAAUCUCAAGAGCUAAUGAUGGCGACAUCCAAAAUGCUUUCCAACAUCAAAUCUGGAAAACCAGAGGAAAUUGAUGACGAGAAAUCUAAAGAAGAAGUUGAGUCGCAGCUCGAAGAUACAGAUGAAGAGAAACCUGAUGAAGACGUUGGUACAGUUCAUAGAAUGUUAGUAACAGCAUCGAGUGAAGAUGGUGGAGAAGAAACAGAAAUAUGUCCACCAGGCACCAUUAUUUUCUCAAGAAGCUCCGAAAGCUCCGGAAGAAGUUCUCCAGAUCCAUCUCAAAAAGUUUCAAAAUCUUCAAUUGUUGAUACAGUUUCAGAUACUCUAAGCACUGUAAGACAAGUCGCAGAUCUUCCGUCUGAAAAAGAUUCAGGUAUAGACGAUGCUGAUCAAGAAACUCAAGAAAAAAUAUCUGAUAACGAAACUGGCAAAAAAGAAAAAACUGAAGAACUUCAGGAAACAAGAAUAUCAGGAACAUCCAGUCCUGAUAAAGAUGUUUCAAUUACAAGCUUAGCCAAAUUAACAGAUACAAAAUCAAAUGAGGAACAGGGAUUUUUGGAUAAAAUUGGUGAGAACAUUGAAUACACCCUUACAUCUGUUGAGAAUCUUAUACAAUCCAAAACAAAUGAUAAUGACAUCAAGCUGGAUACAGAAAUAAUCGCAAGAAAAGAAAGGAUUGCGAAAAAGAAUACAGACGAAUACAAACUAUCUCAUACAGAAGCAGAUAAAGUUAUCGAAGAAACUUCUGAUUCAAUUUCCACUGUAUCUGAUGUUACUGAUGAUAAUAAAGAUGUAGUUACUACCAAAAUAAACAAAGAUGAAACUAGUAAAAAGCCAGAAAAAGUAGAAGACACAAUUACUAUUGAACAAGAUGAAGUUUUGAAAGACGUUCAAGAUAAACAAAAAGCAAAUAUUCAUGAUUCACUCAAAGAUUCAUCAGAUUUUAUUGAAAAGAAGGAUGAUGUGGUUAUAAUUAAAAAAGUACAAGUGUCUCUACAUGAGGAUGAGAAGCAAAUAAAAAGCAAUAUUCAAGAGGAUAUUGAAACUUCAAUUAAAAAAAUGGAAGAAGGUAUACCACCAGAAAUUAGAAGCACCGAAAAAGAAAUUGAAGCUACUACUCAGGAAAAAAGUGAAGGUAAGGAAAAUAUAAUAACUCAAUUCAAAGAUGAAGUAGAGGACGUUUUCGAGAAAAGCAUACAGGAUUUGGAGAUUAAGAAAGAUUAUAAAGAAAUUACAAAACAUGAAAUAAAAGAAACAAAACAUCAAACGAUUGAUGUAGAAGACGUUUCCAAAAAAACCAUGCAGGAUUUGGAGACUAAGAAAGAUUAUAAAGAAGAUACAAAACAUGAAAUUGUUGACAUAAAGUUUGAUUUACCUCUAGAUAGACAGAAAGAUAUUAUAGUAGAAAGUGAUGAUAUGAAAGACGAAAUCGAUGAUUUAGCUUCCAAGAAAAAUAACGACGAAAACAUGGACACAUUUGAUAAGUCAAGUUCCACUGAGAAGAGGGAAGAUCUUGGAAGUAGCGUGAAAGAUGCCGAAGAAAAAGAAGUAACACAAAUUUUGGAUAAAAGUAAAAGAACACAAGAAGAUUUCAGUUCAAAAGUUGAUACCGUUCCAGACAAAAAAUUAGCUAUGGAAACAGUUGAAGAUAUGGCUCUAGAAAAGUCUGCCUAUGAUCUUGAAGAAGAUACUGAAAAUAAAUUAGCCUCAAGGCAAAAAAAGUGGACAGAAAAAAUUGAUGAUGUUUUGGACAAGGAACAAGAUAUAAAAAGUGGAGAGGAAGAAGUUGAAGCCAAAGAAUUAGAUGUAAAAGAAGGGAAAAAGAGAGAAAUCUCAACUACUAGUUUGAAAGACAAGAAAGUAGGGGGCAUAGAUGAUACACAGGUUAAACCAGAUAGACCAAUUGCAUCUGUUAAAGAUACUAAUCAAGAUAUACAAAAAGUUUCUGAUGUUCCCAAGAGUCUUGAGAAAGAUAUUCACUAUCAAGGAAAUGAAUUACAGUCGAAUGUACCAGUUGAUAAAACAUUUGCAAUAAAAUAUAUUGAUAAAACUGCAGAUACUUUGAAGACUGUCGUUUCGGAGACAAUGGUGAGAGAGAAAGAAAAAAAAGAUGAUAUCACGGGCGCAGCACAAAAUGAAAAAGAUAAACUUACAAAACCAGAUUCAGAGAUUGGUAGAGUACAUGAAGACCCCAGUGAAAUUAUUGUCAGGGAGCUAGAAAAAACCAAAAAAAAUAUAAAAGAAAAUAUCAAAGAUGAAAUAUCAGAUGAAAAGUAUGAGGAUACUAUCAAUGAGACAAAAGCGCUCAUAAAAGAAUCUUCAAAAGAUAAUGUUAUUGAAAGUAUUAAAGAUGAAUUAUUGGAACAAGAACUGACAUUCAAAGACCAGAUAACUAAAGGUGAUAUAUCAACCAAUCUGAUUGAUAAAAUUUGUGAGUCACAUGAUCAAGAAGAUCAAGAAGUGACAAAUAUUGUACGAGAAAAAAUACAUAGAAGUACAGAGAAACCCGAAGAAGAUAUAGCUGACGAUUUUACCGUCAAUGCCACAAUUACUGAUUUACAUGAUACCAAAGAAAAUAUCGUCGAUAGCAUUAAAGAUAAAAAGGUAGUAAUACCUGAUAAGGAGAAACAGCUCUUACAGAAUAAAAAAGAUGAUUUUAUUUCAACGCAUUCGGAAAAGGAGAAAGAUGUUAUUGAGAGCGUCAAAGACAAAAAAGAAGAUUCGAAGGAACAAUUGACACAUAGAGUAUCAGAAGCAGACGUUAAGCACGACUCUAAGGAAGUUACAAAUAGCAUACAAGAUAAGAAAGAAGAUAUACCAACAAGUUUUGAGGAAUCAAAGCUCUAUACAGAAGGUCUCCAAGAUAUGACAGAAGACGUUAUUGACAGCGUUGACGAUAAAAUAUCAUUGAGUACUGAGCAGUUAAAAGAUGGAGUAAAAGAUGUCAAACAUGUCUCAACAGAUAGUGUAAGUUAUACAAUCACUGAUAUAAAAGAUCUUGAAGAAGUUUUUACAAAAAAGACGGAAGAUAAUUACAAAGGUUUUAAAGAAUCAACGCAGCUAACAAUAGAGGGUGUGAAAGAUGAUGUAUCAGUUAGUAUAGAUGAUAAAGUAACUGGUUUGAAGGAUAUGAAAGAAGAUUUGAUUGAUAGCAUUGGAGACAAAAAAGAUGCAACUGCGAAAUAUUUCGUAGAUUCUAAGAAGCAGUUGAUCGAUAAUGUAGAAGAUAUUAAACAUGAAAUAUCGACUAGUAUAAGUGAUGCAAAUGCUGAUAUACAAGAAGCAAAAGAAUUUAUUACAGACGUCGUGAAAGAUAAAAAACAGGAAAUAGAAAUAAAGGAGUAUUCUGAAAAGCAAUUAACACAAGAGAUAAAAGAUACUAAACAUGAUUUGACAACCAGUGGAAGUGAUGCUUCACGAGAUAAAAAGGACGAUACCACGAGCAAAGCUAAAGAGAACAGAGGAGAACUUGCAGCGGCGAUUGAGAAAUCUAAGGAGCCAUUAGCCGAAUAUAUGGAAGAUAUUGAAGACAAAUUAUCAGUAACAGUGACUGAUACAUUCGAUAUUUUACAAGAUAAAAAGGAAGAUAUCACAAGCACAGUUAAAGAUAAGGGAGAAGAGCUGGCAGAGGCAAUUAAGGAAUCUAAGGAGCCAUUAGCUAAAGAUGUCGAAGAUAUAAAAGACAAUUUAUCAGACAUUGUCGGUGACACAAUCAAUGAUUUACAAGAUAAAAAGGAAGAUAUUGCAAGCAAAAUUGAAGAGAAGAAAGAAGAAUUGUUAGAAAUUGUUAAGGAACCAUUAAUUCAGGAUGUGAAAGAUAUAAAAGAAAAUGUUUCAGUUCCUAUGAGCGAUACAGUUAUUGGCUUCCAAGAUACAACAGAUUUUUAUGUCCACGGCAUCAAAGAUAAAAAAGAAGAUAUUACAAGUCAAGAAACUAUGGAUCCGUUAACGACUACUAUUACUGAUACUAUCACUGACCUGCAACAAGAAAAAAUUCCGGUUAUUGACGACACUGACGAUAAAAAACAAGAAAUAGAGGUAACUAGCCAGAAAUCAAACGAGACGUUAAUAGAGGACAUAAUAUAUGAUUCAUCUCUUAGUAAAACUAAAGAAAAAUCCUCAUUAGCUAUUCAGGAUCGUAAUGAUCAUUCAAAGGAAAGCGUAAUAGAUAUAAAAGAUGAAAAAACCGAUAUAGUUAGUUCAUUUAGCGAGGUACGGGAUAAUAAAGAUGAAACUGAAGGUAGCAUAAAAGAUGUAAUGGAGACUAUUGCACAAGUAGCUGUUGAAAUGUCUAGAAAAAGUGUGACCGAGGAGCUGGUUGGAGAUUCUGAGGAUCAUGUUACAAUUAAAAAGGAUAACAUUUUGCACAAAAAGGUUGAUGCUAUGAAUAGCUUGAAAGGCAACGAUGAAGAAAUAACAACUGAUGUUGAAGAAAUAGUUAAACCAAUUAAAGAACACGUCUUAGGAAGUGGAGAAGGGGUCAAAACUGACCAGAUUCAAAAUAACGAUGAUAAUAAAACUACGUCAGCAGAUAUAAUCAAUGAUUUCACAUUGAAAAGUGAUGAAAUGAAGUCCCGUUUAGAUAAUGAGAAAUACAAACAGGAAACGGAUAUAAAAGACGCUAUACAGAAAAUUGGAGAAGAUGGUCUAGAUAAUAUGGGUAAAGGAAAAGAGGUCUUUGAGAAAAAUAAAACUACUUUAAAAGAAGAUGUAACCGAAAUUGAAUCUCAAUAUAUCAAUGAGGUUGUUGAAAAGAAAGAUGAAGAUCUUGAGAGAGAUAUAGUUCAGAUUGUAGAACUAGAAGAUCAUUUGCAUAAGGUGAAGGACGAACUCAUUAAUGCAGUAGCGUCAGUGAAAACGGACAAAAUAGAAGCAGAUGCAGACAAAUUACUGGAUGCUAUUUGCAAAAAACCAGAUUCUUUGAAAGAAGAUAUUGAAGAUUCACACAUCAAAGAACAGUCUAUUGAAAAUAACAUAGAUCAAAAAGUUUUAACGAAAAUAGAUGGAGCAGUGGAUAGUACAAAACACCUAGACACUACUGUUAGAAAAACAUCUUCAUCGACAGAAUUAGAUGAACAACUCGAAUUUCAAAGUGAAGAUACUGAAGAUACAGUUACAGAUGAUGUCAAGGAGAUGAUACAAGACAUGAUAUUAACUUCACAGGAUAUUCCCAAGGAAAAAAUGGAAUUUGAAAGAAAAUUUGAAACAAUACCUGAUGAAGAAGAUGCGAUCCAUACUAAAAUUCAUGAAUCAACAGAUUUUGUAGAAAUUAAAAAAGAAAAAGACACUGGUGAAGUGAAUAUCGCGGAAAUUGAAAAGCAUGUAGACAACUCCUUAACCGACUACAAAACGAUUGCGGAAAAAGAAAAAGAUAAAUUUUUAGUACAUACAGAAAAGACAAAAGAUUUGAAAGAGCCUAUAACAGGAACUAUUGAUAGUAGCUCAGAACGGAAAGAUAUAAUUAAAUGUCCAACUGAAGCAGACCCAGAGAAACAAGAAGUGGGAACGAAAAUUAUCGAUAGUAGCUUAGAGCAAAAAGAUACAAUAGAAAGUACAAUUGAUGAAAUCACAGAGAAACAGGAAAUGGAAUUUUCCGUACAGACAGCGACUAGAGAACUGGUAGAUGAUAAUAAUGAGAAAAACGAUAUCCUUAAAAAACCAAUUGAAAAUAUAGAAGAAACAUUGAAGAGAACAGAAGAGUCUUCAAUGAAAGGUAUUACAGAUACCACCCCUGAUACUCGUAAAAUUGCAGAUGAUGUAAUUACAAAUAUUAAAAAAGAUAAUGUCGAUUAUUCAACUGAUAAAUAUGAUAAAAUUGAAGGAACUAAAGAAAAACCUAUGGAAAGAGUAUUAUCCGGAAAAGAAACUGCAUUAGAACAUGAGUUGAUAGGUGGUAUUGCCUCUAUUGACAUAAAAGACCAAGAUGAUAAGGAAAAAAAGGGUGAAUCAUACAAGAUGAUCAUAGAUCGUGUGUCUGAAAGUAUUGAAAUUGGCGUAAAAGAUAUAUGCAGUGGAAUUUCGGAGUCCAACCAAGUAGUAAAAGACAUCUUGAAGGAAAAAAGUGAAGAAAUAACUGAAGAUAAAGAUGAACUGGUAGAGUCCUUGGAAGGUACACAAGAAAAAAUUGAGGGAUUGAUUCAUAAUAAAGUUCAAGAAAAAGUUGACGAUACAAAAAAAACUAAAGAUGAAAUAUCAGAGAACUUGAAAGAAUUAAGGGAAGCUAUUCAUGGAACAGUUGAAAAAAGAGUAGAGGAUAUAACUGAAAUAGAAGAUAGUUUGAAAAAAGAUUUAAGCUCCCAAAAAGAAAAAAUAGAAGGAGCAAUUCAACAAAGUUUUUUGAAAAGUGUUGAAGGGGCGAAAGAAGAUUUAUUGGACAAACAGCAAGUACUUGAAUAUACCUUGUCGGGGGUAAACAACAAAGUUACAGACACAAUACCUAAAGUAAUUUCUAAAAGUGAACAAAAAGUUCACGAUACUAUACAAAACACUGAAAAUGAUAGCAAAACUUUUUCAAAAACUUUGGAUGAAGGAAUUUCAGAUUCCCUAGACUUUUCCAAUACUGGGAAGUCAACAAUUAUUGAUGAAAAAUUGACAGAUAAAGAUGAAAAAUCUCCAUCAGAAAUAGAAACUAUGGAUGAAAAACUUAUGAAAAAAGAGCAAAUUCUUGAAGAAGCAGUGGAUGAUAUCGAAGAAACUUUCAAAACCGUAGUUAGUAUGACUGAAUCGGUUAUAUUUGAUAAAUGCUCCAAACCGGAUGGAAAUGAAUCACCGAACGACGAAAAAGAGGUACAACAACAAGAAAAAAUACUGGAACAUUUUUCUGAAGAUCUAGAAGGAACAUUCAAAACGGUAGAUAGAAUGUCUCACGAAUUAUCAUUUGAAAAAUGUGAUAGUAAAAUAAAAAAAGAUGAUACAGGUAUGGAGAAAUCGGAUAUGGAGAAGCAAAUAACAAAAGAAGAAGAAACAGCGGCAGUACAAUCUACUGAUAAUUUAGGACAAACUUUUGAAACUGUAGAGGAAAUUACACACGACGUAACCUUCUCAAAAUGUGAUACAGAAAUUGGAAUAAAAGAUAUUUCCAGUAAAAAAGACGACAUAGAUAAGUCAUCUCUCGAAACGGAAUCUAAAGUUACCGAAAAAGGAGACAAAGAAACAAUGGAGAAGGAAAAAUCAGAACCAUUAACAGAAGAAUAUUCACUGCCAAAAGAUCAUUCUAGUAUCCCUAUACCCAUUCCAGAGAAAAAGUCUGCAGAAUUGAGCGAUAAGAAACAAGAUUGUUUGAAAAUUGCUACUUUCUCAUUAAAAGAAGAACAAAGUGACGAGCUAAAAAAACGUGAAGAAAUACAAAAUAAUUUAUUACAUGAAAAACAAUUUCCUGGGGGCGUAACUCCUCCCACAGCUCCAGCAAGUCCAAACGUAAAUGACGACAUUCGCUUAGUGAAGCCAUCUGACUUUGACGCAGAUGCAAUAUCUAGGCAAAUACUAGACAAAGAAAGUGAUGAUGAAGAGGAUCAAUAUAGCAUCACAUCUCAAAUUGCACAUUCCAGAGACUCGUCGCAAGCCGAUUUCGAGAUUAUACGAAGUCAUGAUCCCAUGAAUAUGUCAUUCUACGGAGCCCUUCCUGACGACGAAGCUAUAGAUGACUUGCACGAAACUUCCAAAGACAAACCACAUGAAUCUUUUGUUGAUAAGACUGAUAGUAAAAGCAAAGGAAAUAAAUGCCUGGAUACACAAGUACCAUCAAGUGCAGACCAUGAUAAAAAGAGUUCUAUAGAAUCUUGGGGAAAACAUUUAGAGUUGCCGGCACCAACAUACCUUUACGAAAUAACAAAGGCGAAGUAUUCUACAAUCACUUAUCAAAAAGAAAUAAGAUCCGACCAAGAUUCCCUACCUACUAGCAUACCAUCAGAAACCAUGGAUAUGAUGACAGCUAGUUUCUACGGAAAUCUUCCUGGUGAUGACGAAACAGAUCCAAUUCAAUCAUGGGGAAAACCUUUGGGUUUACCGAGUCCUGCCGCUCCAAACGACAACAAAGGUACUCCAAAGAAGGAAAGGAAACUUCCUGCAAACGUUUCGGCAAAAAAUAAAUUGAACGACGACAAAAAAAGGGCAGAAUCCCCAUCAAAAUAUAACAAAAAUAAAAAAGUUAACCCUGUGUAUGUGGACCUCACAUACGUACCUCAUCAUGGAAAUGCUUACUACGCUUACGUGGAUUUCUUCAGGAGAGUUAGAGCCCGGUAUUAUGUUUUUUCUGGAAUUGAACCUAGUAGAGAAGUUUAUAAUGCUUUGUUGGAAGCCAAACAGACAUGGGAAGAUAAAGAGUUAGAAGUGACCAUAAUUCCAACUUACGAUACCGAUAUACUAGGCUAUUGGGUAACUGAGAAUGAAGAGCUGCUAACUAAAUACAAGAUUGACUUAUCUCCUUCCGCAUCCCGCUGCACUAUAAAUCUUCAAGAUCACGAAACAUCUUGUAGCGCAUAUAGACUAGAAUUUUAAACCAUUUCUGACACAGCAGAUAUCAUUUUCUAGCAAUAAUCAGGAUAAAGUCGUCAUUCACAUACCUAAAACAUCACCCUUAUCGACUAUAUAGAUCAAAGGUAUUUCAAGCCAAAGGUACAAUCUAAUUCUUCCCAAAAAAGUACCUCUUACAUCAGUCUUCUUCACAACUAAUAGCAUAGAAUGUAAUAAAUUUUCGAAUCUAAUAGAAGUUUUUCAAAGAUUUCUAGAACCCUUAUGAAUGUUGUUCUGUUCAAAUAUUUAUUCAAAAUUAUUCUUCCUCGAAGAAGAAUAAUGUUGAUUAUUCAAAGUUUAAAAACAAACUUAAAUGGCGUUUAUCAAACGUCAAAUUAUAUGUGAAGAAAAGCCUAGUUUAGGUAGAUAUUAAAAUUUUAAAAUAGCUGUUAAACAUCUCGGCUAGAUAUUAAGAAAUAAUUAUUUAGUUUAGCAUUAACUGUAUUAUAGAUAGACAAUCUAGUGAUGAAACUGCUCAUGAUUCUGAUUAAACACAGCAGUUUUAACAAAGGCAAAGAAAUCAGAAUUUCCAUAUUUGAGACACUUUAAACGAAAAAAAAUCUAAAGUUACUGACGCACAUAUGUUCAAAUGAAAUAGUACACCUUAUUAUACAACUGUAAUGUUUUUAGGUCGUAGGUUAACCACUAAAGGAUAUUAGUAAUAAAGCAUUCUAGAAUGAGCCAAAAAACAAAGAGUAAAGAUGAAAUGAUGACGUUUUAAACCCACGAAAGCUUCAGAAAUAUAUGUAUAAAAUUGGCAAAACAAAAUACAUUGCAUCCAUUGAAAUUAAUCGAUAAUGCUUAAUAAAUUAAUUCACAAAUUCAUUACAUAGAUAUUCAAAAUAAUUUAUUAAUUAUUAAGAUAAGAACUGAAAUUGGUAUCAUCCCAGUUGUAGGCAUAUAAUCAUAAUCAUACUGUAUACAUUUUUAAUGAAUAGUUUCCGUCAAGCUUCUUCUAUAUUUUUCAACCCGGAUGAUAAUUUAUUUUGAUGAUCGUUAAAAGGAUUGUUUUAUACAAAAAAAAUAUAAAAGGAAAUGACAAAGAACGUUAAAAAAUUUUUAUACAAAACACACUGUUUCCUCUACCUCUAACCAACACUCACAAUUACACUCUCUGACGCGCGUUUACCUUCAGUCUCUGAAGACGAUAACUUGGUUAUUUAAACGCACGUCAGAGAGUAUAAUUUUGAAUGCUAGUGUAGUAGUAGUUCAGUAUAAAUAUCAGCAACGGCGCCAAAAAUUUCAGAUUAGUAAAAAUUUUAAGUAAUAAAAAACGUAACUAUAUAACUAUAACGUUAUUUAUUAAACUUUUUUGUAACUGUAUUAUUAAGGGUAUUUACUCGACGUUUUACAAAAGUUCUCAUGUAUAGAAAUUUUAACCUACAGCCAAAUAAAAUCCGGAUAGGACUGAAGGACUCAUGUAUCGUUACUAUCAAUAUAAUUUCAAUUUCAAUUUCGUUAAUGCUAAAAUUCUAUAUAAUUAUUUCUGUAACGCUUUAUGUGUAAACAUAACCAUUUAUAUCAUAUGUGAUAUAAUUUAUGUUAGCAUUUAAAAAAAUGUUUAGGAUCUUCGAAUGAUACUUAGGCCGUUUAUUCUUUUUAUAUACAUUUUUGUACCAAUCACGCUUCUCAUAUUACGCCAAAGAUUUCGCAUUACUAUGUAUGCAGUUAUAGACUUAGUAGUUAUUAUACAGAAUGUAUAUUUUCAAUUCCAAAACAUUUUGAGAAACAAUAAAUUUUUUAAGUUACGUCGAUAUAAAAUAUAUAUGUUACAUCGACUAUUUUUAAUUUUCCUUCGUUUUCCUGAAAAAUGUUAGUCCUGCAAUACGUUAUCUAAUUUAUCAUAAUGUAAUGAUUGAAAUUUUUUUAAGAUUGAUAAUUAUUAAAAACACAAAUUGCAUAGAAAGUUUGAGGAACGUCGCGUCGUACCAAAUUUUAUAUGUUCAAAGACUUGAUGUUAAUAUCAAAUAUUGAAAUUAACAUCAGCUAAAGCUUGGUUUAUGCAACGAAAAUUAAAACUAAAUAAAAAUUAACAAUAAACGUAAAUUUUUUGGUGAUAUUUUUUAGUUUAUCUAGUAAAUUGAGGAUAAUUAUUAAAUACGAGUAAACCAAUAGAAAUUUCCUGUAUAGGUCCUUUUUGUCAUACAAAUGUGGAAAGCUUCUGACACUGUCUAUCAGUGUUCCAUCCUCUAAAGGACGUUGUUGACUUUCAGUCUUUACUUUUCCCUAUUUUUCUGUUAUCAGAUUUGAAAAUAAAACACGGAAAUCGGCGCAAUAAUACAAAUAAUAUUUUCAUAACCAAAGAACAAGGAUGUUAAUUUGGAAUUUCUGGAACUUUUAGUGACAUUCAUAAUGAACACACUGUUUACACUACCACUACACAAUACUCACAAUUACUCUGUAUGUCGCGCGUUUCGAUAACCAAGUUAUCGUCUUUAGAGACUGAAGGUGAAUUGAGUUUACUUAGUUUAGCUUCAGGUUCUGAAGACGAUAACUUGGUCAUGGAAACGCGUGUCAGACAGUGUAAUUGUGAGUGUUAGUGUAGUGGUAGUGUAAACAGUGUGUUCAAUAAGAAUGUUGUAAACACGGCAUUAAACAAAGACGUUAAAAGUUGCCGAACGUUUAAUUUUAAUUUAAAUUUACUAUUAAUUUUCCUCAUGAAGUACACGUACCAUAUCAGUGUCUUUCAACAAGUGAUUUAAUUCGUUAGUUUAAUGUUAAUUUUUUAUUUCGGCUGCAUAAACUUAGCUCAACGUGUUAGAUAUUGUCCAAAAUAAUUUUCGUAACCAAGAACACAUCAAUAUUUCUAAUACCUAAAAAAAAUCGAGAAACGCUUUCUAAUACAAUUAAUGAGAUAUUAAAAAUAAUUUUGGCGUAUCGAAAUAUAUCAUUUAAUACAUAAUAAUGUUUCAAAAUAUUAUUUUUAGUAAGAAAUGUCGAUUAUUAAUGAAAAUAUACAUCCUGAAUCAAUUUUUUGGUAUCGUAGAGAAAGCUUUUUAUUUAUACACUUUAAAAGAUAUUUUAGAUUUGUUGGAUAUUUAAAGGCCUAUAAGUAUUGGUAAGUGGUCUCAAGAUUUACAGGGAUUUUCAAAAGCUAUUAGAAUUCGAAAAAGAUCAUAUAUUUAUUCCUUUGUUAAUUUAAAAAAAAAUACUGAAUUAAUCUUCUUGUAAUGAAACUGAGAGUUUGGAAAAUCGUAGCAAAUAUUACAUGAGAAAGUAAUGAGAUUUAUAGCAAUGGUCAUAUGAUAUUACAAUAAAAUUUCUUAUGAAAGUUUUGGCCAGUAUAUAAAUAUUUGAUACUCGACAGUUCCUACAGGUAUUUUAAUUCUCUGUAAUUACCUAUUUAACUCAUAUUUUUUGACUUCCCAAGUAUAGCCAAAAUAUCAAGCCAGUUUUUUACAAUUUUUUGUCCUCCACUUCCUUUAAAAAGACAAUGGUGUCGAAAUGAAACAAUGGUAAUAAUUAUAUAUAAUAAAACUAACUUUUUAAUACAUUUCAAAUAUUUGUGCCUAAGUUUUUAUAUCAAUUUCAAGUAGAUCCCAGUAAAUCAUGUGGCUUAAUAUAAUUUAUAAGUUAAGCUCUGACAGCAUUUGGUGUGGUAAUUUUUAAGCAAUUUGAGUCAUAUUUAUUUAAUUUUAGUUUUUAAGUAAAGAAUUUUUUGAGUUCAGCUUAUAAUAUUCUGUUAACUUGGUAGUGAAUAUGUCCUCAUUUGAGUCCAAGCAAAGCAUCAACACCAAGGGGCCACUUUUUAAUCGUAUAACCUGGACUCAAAAAUACAACGGGGUGUUAUUUCGAGAAACUGAGCUUUGUACUAAAAGUACAUUAAAAAAAAUAAUAAACUGUUGUUAACUAUAUAUGUAAGAUUGGUGCUAUAAAAGUAUUGCCUUUGCAAGGUUUUUGAUAUUAAUUUUGGAUCCAUCAGGAAUGGAAUACCUAUAUGAAAAAAAUAGAAAUAGAGUUCUGGAUCGAGUAAAAGAGACGUAAUACAUACAGUAAACAAUUAGCUACAAUGUUUUUUCAAAUAUAAAUGAGGCAAAUUAACUUAUUAUGUCAGUAAUUAGCCAUUUCAACAUAUAUGAUGAUGACUAUCAAAAAAGAAAUUAAUCAGUAUUGAAAUGAUUUUUGGGAAGUAUUUUACUAGGUAGGGGAAAAUAACAAAAUAUGGGUUACCAUUUUGUUUUUGUCCAAAAACGAAAUAAUCUAUUCAAAAAUUAACCAUUUAUCGGCGUAAAAAUAAUUACACAUAUAUUUAUUAGAGUAACAGUUGUAUGUUAUUGAUAUCAUAAUAUAUUAAAUUGAGCAUUAAACAAAAUUGCAAAAUAGACACAUAAUAUGGAAGAUUCACUCAAAGGGCUACACGUAGAAACUUAUAAUAUCUUGUACGAAAAUAACUAUUAUAAAUGUUCAUCUUAUAAGACAUCGAAUUUCUUUGGUAGCAAAAAGAUACUACUCAAUUUACUUACAAAAAUCUCAUAUCCAUAUAUCAAACUCUAGCACAGCACAGUCAUUAUGUGCCCAGACAUUACACAUUAAGCAUCUGACCCACAGUUAUCCUAGUGCGUUUUUGAAAAAAAAUUCCUAACAAAAAAUUUAUGCUGCAUCGGCAUUGUCAGGAGCUUCUCUUCCUAUGGGGACAUUUGAUUCACUAUCUGAAUUAAACUGGAUAUCUUUUUACCUCCUGUUUCUCCAGUGUCCCUGGUCUUAGUUUUCUCAUAUUUUAUUUUUCAAUUUUCUUCUUGUUUCAAUAAUGUCACACACAGCAUUUAUAUUUAGAAGAGUGAUUCUUUGCAGUUGAAGUUGGAAACAAAAAGUCAACCGCUCUCACCUGAAUCGACUGUAGUCAGUAGAAACAUGAUUUUCUCAGAAGAAGCGUUACUUAUUAUGUUCCUAGAACGAAGACAAAUAUAUUGAAUUCUCGGUUCAAUCUGAAUUUCGGUAACAAAACUACCUGUAUCACAUGGUUUCUAUCACAUUUCCUAUAACUUUAGACUUUCAAUAACAGAAAGCAAUUCUUUAUUUGUUGAGACUUCUUUACGAUCGCUGACAGGACUAGGAAUAUUUUCUUCAGACAUAAAUGCUAAAAUUUGAGCUUUGUUACUAGGUACUACUAUUUGGUAUCUUAACGAGUUGCCGCGAGUAGUAGGAUACGUUGUCCAUAACGUUUACUGACUGUGGUGGAAUGGUAAGUUAAAGCUGUUCAUUAAACCACGGUAUAAUGUGAUAGUGGAGUGAACAUCUUCGUGACCAAAUUAGGCAGCUGCUAUAAUAAAUUGCUCAGGUACCUUUUUGUUUUCUUGCGCGUCGACAAUGUUGAUAAUUUUGUUGAGUUCAUCAAAUAUGAAGUGCAUAUCUUCCAAGUAUAUCAGAACCAAAAACUAUUUACUUAAAUUGGUAUUUGGCAAUGACUGUAAAUUAUUAUAUCAUUUGUUUCUUUAUGGCUGUUAUGAAAAAAUAACAAUUUACUGACUUAAUGAGUCUAAUGGUUAAUAACUGAUAUUUUUAUUCUGGUUUAGUUUUAUUUUUUUUAGUAGAAAUAAAAAUUUAAACGCACAUGUUAUAUUUUGGAUUAAGUGAAAUAAAAAGUUAAUUGUGUACUGCAUGUAUACCGCAGAACUGACACUUUAUAUUUUUGUUGAUAAAUUAAAACCAUCUAACAUUUAUGUGCAGUUCAAUUUAAUAUUUAUUGUAUUUAAAUAGCUUCUAGUCAAGAAAAUUCUGAUAUCUUUUAGCUUAAAAAUGUUGAAAAAUACAUAUAUUCAAAAUGCAAUUAAUGUAUGGGAUAUGUAUGAGAAUAAUAAAUAAAAAAUGUAAAAAUGA